GAUAAAAUAUAUCAAAAUUGUGUCAUCAAUUUAGAACUUAGUUAGUCCAAAGACCAUAUCGAUUUAUAAUUCAACAUUCUCAUGGUGAUUGUAGAGAUAAAACGUUCGUCCUCGGAACGCUUCGGCAUGUGCUGUCGAAGAAUUCCGAAAUCUCAUAAGCCGCAAAGGCUUCCACAUGAAGUGGUUGAUCACUGUAAUGGUUCAGAAUCCUUUCAAAUACCUGAAUACACAAUGGAAUCUAGGCCUAUGUCCACCGAUAGUUUGAUGGAAAUAACGGAUGCCGCGAGUAGUUCGGCACCAAUAAGUUCUACGAACAGCAGCGUGUCAAAUGUCUCAAUGGAACCAAUUACACUGGCAAACUCACUCAACAGCGCCAAAGCGCUUUUGCGAAAAAAAUCUUUGGUGCAGCUCAUUAACAGUUACAUCAAAGCUGGUAUCGAAGAAGGAAAGCGUCAGGCUAAAAAUUACAUUCGCAAAGCUCUAUCAUUCGGCGUAAGAUCGGGUUACUUGAUUCCGACUGAUCGACAAGGUAACGUGCUCCGUGUGUGUCCGACUUUGGACACAACAUCUUGCAAUUCGACACAGGUCGACAUCGAAUCUCGACGAAAACGACGUAUCGCUCGACGAGGAGAGACGCGUUUGACAACGAUCGCCGAUCGAAAAGCGAUGCGUCGUGGAUUUCAGCAUGGCAAGACGUUUCACAAUGUGGACAAUAGACGAAUGGCGUUUAAGAAAAGAUGUGGAACGCAACACACCCAAAGUCCUGCCAAAAGCUUGAGUACGAGAGAGAAUAGCCCAAGAAGACUGCCUGAUAAAUCGUUACGUAAGAGAAGCAAAUUAAAAGUUUUUGCAAGGAAGAACAGGUUCGUUAACUUAUUUACUUGA